AUGUCUUCUAUAAGAGAGCCUCGGGGCUCCAAAACAAAGCUAAAAACAAACAGCAGCAGCAGCAGCAGCAGCAGCAGCAGCAGCUGCAGCAGCAGACCCUGUAGCAGCAGCAUCGACGGUGGAGCAGCUGCGGCAGCACUACCUGCGGCUGCGGCUGCACUCCUCUUUGGAGAGUGCUGGCUGCCGUUUUUCAAACUCUACGACUCGGACUUCGUGCAAAAAGGUCCACUGGACCACUUCUCUUCCUUUUUCCGCGAAAAGCUCUGGCGAGAAGGCCGCAAAGUCGGCUUUUUGGAAGGAGUCAUUUGCUUCCAGAACGCGCCGCUGCUGCGCCAGGCCUGCGCCGGAGUCCUCACGGAAAAAGGACUCUGCCGCAUUUUCCCUCCCGUGCUGGGCCACGAGCACCGGCCGGUGAGUUUCACUUUUGCUGCUGCUGCUGCAGUGCCUGCGCCCGUGGCGCGGCUCGCCCGCAUUCACGAGCUGCUGCUGCACCUCAUCGCCACCAAGACGCAGCAGCAGCAGCAGCAGCAGCAGCAGCCCGGCGCCGUCGCCGCACUCUUCGCCGUCGGCAAGAGGCACCACCCGGACCCCCAAAACGACGCAGCAAAGUCUUUGGAGGCGGCGCGGGCUGCGUGCGAGGAGCUGCUGCAGCUGCUGAGCAGCAGCGAGACGGAGGGGCGGCGGACGUUUCUGUACAGCAGCGAGGCGGAGCUGCUGCGCAGCCAGCGCGUGCUGCUGCACCUGGGCAACCACCUGCUGGAGUUCGUGGACUUCGUCUACUGGCAGUGCCGCGGCAGCUACUGCGCAGCUCUCUGUGCAAUUCUGAAGCGCGGGGAGCUGGACCUGGGCACUUUGCUGCCUCCGCGGCCGGAGGGCUGCGCUGCGUUGUCUUUGUCGGAGCGGCUGCUGCUCGAGCUGAAGGCCCGAGCAGCAGCAAAGUACCCCGACUCCCUCGUGAGCUGCACGGGAGCCGUCCUGGCCAACGAAAAGCUGCUGUCCGUCCUCGUCAAAGUGCUGCUGCUGCGCACCCACGCCCACAGCAGCCAGCAGGUGCACAGCGCCCUCAGCUGCCUGGACUUGUGGCUGCAGCUGCUGGCAGCAAGGGGGCUGCCGCUGCCGCCGAACUUCGACUUUGCUUUUUUCCGAAGUGCCCUCGAGCUGGUGCUGUCUUCGGACUUGUACCCAGUGGUCACCAAGGGGCUGUGGCUGGUCUACCGCAACUUGCCCAUUCUCGACGGCGAGCAGCUGCAGCAGCUGCUGGGGGCUUUGUGUCUGCGGCGGCUCGCGCUGCGGCUGCUGCUGCACUGGGCCUGGCUCGUCCGCCGCGCCUUCAUUUUGCUGCUGCUCUACAGGCUCGUCGAGGGCAUGCGCAGGGUCAUCGCCAGGGUCACCGGCAGCGAGCUCACCUUCUCCCAGCAGCAGCAGCAGCAGCAGCAGCAGCAGCAGGGGCGCAGGGUCGCGCUCUCCACCGAGGAGGCCGUCGUCGUCGACGGCUACUCCGUCCUCGUCCAGCUCAUGAAGGCUCUCGGCAUGGACGAGCUGCUGCCGGCAGCAGCAGUCAGCGCUGCAGCAGCAGCAGCGGCCCAGUUCCACAAGGGAAACGCCACCUACGCCGGGGCCCCCGCAACGCCCGCCACAGCAGCAGCAGCAGCAGCAGCGGCAGCAGCAGCUGCGGCCGGGACGGACCCUGCGCCCGACGCCAAGCAAACCGCUCCCGGACCAUCACCAGCUGCUGCUGCCGGCCCUGCAGCAGCCGCUGUAGCAGCCGCUGCAGCCGCUGCAGCCCCGCAGCAGCAGCAGCAGCAGCAGCAGCUGUUCGAAGGCGACGUGGACGCCCCCGAACUGCAGGCCUACCGGAAACUUGCUGUUGCAGAAUUCAAAAAGGAAAUAGAACAUUAUAAAGCUUGGGUCGCUGCUGGAGCUCUCUCUCUGCCCAUGAUGGUCAUUCCCAGCGCGCCCCUAGACGCCAACACCGACGUGCCCCUCGAGGGCUGGCAGUAG